GAGGGGGGGAGAGAGAGAGCGCGCGAGGGAGCCGCAGGGACUUGACGCUGGUCUCGCAGGAGGGGCGCCGCACUUGUCUGUGCCUGUACGAACUGUAGAGAGGGCGGCACGGACACACAACCGCUCCUCCUGCCUAUACAGCCUGUUACACACUCUCCUAGGUGAGUUUUCAGGUUGUCGGACCGUGGCUUUUUUUUCGUCCUUUUUUUUUUCUUUUCUUUUUUUUUAAAAAACUCAGGAAGAAGAGAACUGGAGUGAAAGUCAUGGACCGAGGAGGAGAAAUGAUAAGAAGAACAUAACCUGUGGAAAGACGGCUCGGAAAGAAGAAGGAGAAGAAGACGAAGAAGAAGACGAAGGAGAAGAAGAAGUGUCCGGGGAAGGAGGAACAGGAUGGGGAUGGAUUUCAGCACUCUUCGGACCCUCAUCAGCAGAUAUUGUGUUGGUGAGGAGAACUGGGUGGACAGCAGGACGGUUUACAUAGGGCAGAGGGAGCCUCCUCCAGGGACAGAGGCUUUUAUACAGCAACGAUUCCCUGACAACAGAAUAACCUCUUCCAAGUACACGUUUUGGAACUUCAUCCCCAAGAAUAUGUUUGAGCAGUUCAGGAGAGUGGCUAACUUCUACUUCCUCAUCAUAUUUCUGGUUCAGUUGAUUAUUGACACUCCAACCAGUCCGAUUACCAGUGGACUGCCGCUCUUCUUUGUCAUCACAGUCACCGCCAUUAAACAGGGUUAUGAGGACUGGCUGAGACACAAAGCAGACAACUCUGUCAACCAGUGUCCUGUCCACGUGGUGCAACAUGGGAAGGUGGUCCGCAAACAAAGUCGCAAGCUCAGGGUUGGGGAUGUUGUUCUGGUGAAAGAAGAUGAGAGCUUCCCUUGCGACCUCAUCCUUCUGUCCUCGUCUCGAGAUGAUGGGACCUGCUUCGUCACUACAGCCAGUCUGGACGGAGAGAGCAGCCACAAGACAUACUACGCAGUUCAGGACACCAAAGCUUACAAUACGGAGAAGGAAAUUGACUCCAUCCACGCUACUAUAGAAUGUGAACAGCCACAGCCGGACCUGUACAAGUUUGUUGGCCGCAUCAACUUUUACAUGGACAGCGAGCCAGUGGCCAGGCCUUUAGGAUCAGAGAACUUGCUGCUCCGAGGAGCAACACUCAAGAACACAGAGUUCAUUUAUGCGGUUGCCAUCUACACUGGCAUGGAAACCAAGAUGGCUCUCAACUACCAGUCGAAGUCUCAGAAACGAUCUGCAGUGGAAAAGUCAAUGAAUGCCUAUCUGGUGGUCUACCUGUGCAUCCUCAUCAGUAAGGCCAUCGUCAACACGGUGAUGAAGUAUGUGUGGCAGGCCGACCCCAACAGAGAUGAGCCCUGGUACAACGAAAGGACUGAAACAGAGAGACAGAGACAUAUCGUGAUCAGGGCGUUCACAGACUUCCUGGCCUUCAUGGUUCUUUUCAACUACAUCAUUCCCGUCUCCAUGUAUGUCACGGUGGAGAUGCAGAAGUUCCUGGGUUCCUAUUUUAUCAUGUGGGACGAUGAGAUGUUUGACGAGGAGCUGGGAGAGAGAGCUAUGGUCAACACGUCAGACCUGAACGAAGAGCUGGGACAGGUGGAGUAUGUGUUUACAGACAAGACAGGGACUCUGACAGAGAACAACAUGGAGUUCAUAGAGUGCUGUGUGGAUGGACACGUUUAUGUACCUCAUGUCAUCUGUAAUGGACAGGUGAUGCCUGGUGCAGCCAGUAUGGACAUGAUCGACACAUCACCAGGUCCUGAUGCCAGAGAGCACGAGGAGCUGUUUUUCCGGGCGCUGUGUUUGUGCCACACGGUGCAGGUGAAGGAGGAGGAGACUGUCGAUGGCAUCAAGCAUGGCAUCCACCAGGGAAAGUCCACUUCCUUUUACAUCUCCUCAUCUCCAGACGAGGUGGCACUGGUGGAGGGCAUGAAGAAGCUGGGUUUUACCUAUCUGAGACUCAAGGACAGUCACAUGGAGAUCUUGAAUAGAGAGGAUGAGAUUGAGAGGUUUGAGCUGCUGGAGGUUUUGACGUUCGACUCAGUCAGACGGAGGAUGAGCGUCAUUGUCAGAUCCAGCAGUGGAAGGCUCUAUCUGUUCUGUAAAGGUGCAGACUCCGCCAUCUUCCCCAGGGUUAUAUCAGGCAAAGUGGAUCAAGUCAGAGCACGGGUGGAGCACAAUGCAGUGGAGGGUCUGAGGACACUAUGUGUUGCCUAUCGGCCUCUGAGUCAAGAACAGUACCAGGAGGUUUGCCAGCUGUUGAGUGGAGCCAAGUUGGCAUUACAGGACCGAGACAAGCGACUGGCUGAGGCCUAUGACCUCAUCGAGAAAGACCUGAUACUGCUGGGAGCCACUGCUGUGGAGGACAGGCUACAGGAAAAGGCAGCAGACACCAUUGAGUCUCUCCACAAGGCAGGUAUGAAGGUCUGGGUGCUGACUGGUGACAAGAUGGAGACAGCGGCCGCAACUUGCUAUGCCAGCAAGCUGUUUCACCGCAACACCCAGAUCCUGGAGUUGACAACCAAACGCACUGAGGAGCAGAGCCUUCACGAUGUUCUGUUUGACCUGAGUAGGACUGUCCUGAGGCAGCAUGGAGGCAUGACCAGGGACACCUUCUCUGGUUUAUCAGGUGACUGCACUGAUUAUGGUCUAAUCAUUGAUGGAGCUACCCUCUCUGCUGUGCUGAGGCCCACUCACGAGGAUUCAAACUCAGGGAACUACAAAGAGAUCUUCCUAGAAAUUUGCCGCAACUGCAGUGCUGUGCUCUGCUGUCGAAUGGCGCCACUCCAGAAGGCUCAGAUUGUGAAAUUGAUCAAAGCUUCUAAGGAGCACCCGAUCACGCUAGCCAUUGGAGAUGGAGCCAAUGAUGUCAGCAUGAUCCUAGAGGCCCACGUUGGCAUCGGUAUUAUGGGUAAGGAAGGUCGUCAGGCAGCGAGAAACAGUGACUAUGCCAUCCCGAAGUUCAAACACCUCAAGAAAAUGCUGCUCGUCCACGGACACUAUUACUACAUACGCAUCUCUGAACUCGUGCAAUACUUCUUCUACAAGAAUGUCUGUUUCAUCUUCCCCCAGUUCCUCUACCAGUUCUUCUGUGGGUUCUCACAACAGCCGCUGUAUGAUACAGCCUACUUGACGCUGUACAACAUCAGCUUCACCUCGCUGCCCAUUCUGCUCUACAGUCUCAUAGAGCAGCAUAUUAACAUGGACAUCCUGAAGAAGGACCCAUCUCUCUAUAGAGACAUUGCUAAGAACUCAUUGCUGCGGUGGCCCAUCUUCAUAUAUUGGACUCUCCUGGGUGUGUAUGAUGCCAUCGUGAUGUUCUUUGGGGCAUACUUCCUGUUUGACAACACCACCUUCACCAGCAAUGGACAGCUAAUGACAACCAACACACAGAUGAUGUUUGGAAACUGGACAUUCGGGACGCUGGUCUUCACUGUUCUAGUCUUCACUGUUACAUUCAAGUUGGCGCUAGAUACUCAUUACUGGACUUGGAUCAAUCAUUUUGUCAUCUGGGGCUCACUGAUUUUCUUUGUGGUCUUCUCCCUGCUGUGGGGCGGAAUCAUCUGGCCCUUCCUCAACUAUCAGAGGAUGUACUAUGUGUUCAUGCAGAUGUUAUCCAGUGGUCCGGCCUGGCUCAGCAUAAUCCUGCUAAUAGCAGCAAGUCUGCUGCCAGAUGUGGUGAAAAAGGUCAUCUGGAGGGCACUGUGGCCCACCACUACUGAGCGCAUACAGAAUGCUGAUAAACUCUACAAGGGCCAUCUGUCUGAGUUCACUCCCCUGGCGUCUCUCCACGCCCCGUCUAAGGCUGGCCACCACCGGCGAGGCUCGGGCACCCAAAGGAACGCCCCAAACCCCCGAAGGUCUGAAGCCUUUACCAAGAAAAUCAUGUUCACACGCUGGCAAAAAACGCCAGACUACUGCACCUUCACUCCCCUGCUCCGAUUUGCUGAUGGCACCCGCCACACAAAGCAGGGAAGCGCCUACAAUGGGGCAGGGCCAGAGACCUCAGUCUAAUUUAUUUUGUUGGUAUUUAUCUUUUCGUAUGAUCUGAUAUCAUAUAUGCUGAUCUCAACAGAGAUGUAAUUCCAAUUUAUCGGUCCAGAUGUUGACGAGGUCACUGCAGAGUUGGAAAGAAAAGUUACACAAAGGAAACUGGAACUCAUUUAUUUAUGUUACCCAGCUGGAAUUGAUAAGCAGAUAUGUGUAAUACAUCGGAUUACAAUGAAAGUGACCUUCACAACUGUCCCCAAGUCGGCAGCCAAGUAUGGCGCGAGCACUAUGGGACGGCUCUGGAAAGAACUCCAUCUACAGGGCCUUGCUCGCCGGCGCGACAUGCAAAGGGCUCACUCAGUGUAUUGAAGUCACAAAAACUAACAAACAGACUCAAGAGCUUCGAUUUCUUCUUGUGUCCCUGAAAAUUUGUGCACUUGCCCUUUACUGCUUGUCCAGCUGGCAGCUGAAGUGUACUUUAUCCCAAUUAUUGAGGAUUCAUAUGACUUUUUACAAAACGGUUAUGUUGAUUAUCAUGACGUGCUGCUUUUGUUGCUGCUGCUGCUGCUGCUGCUGACGAUGAAAAGCAGCGCUUAAGCCAGCCGGGACCUUCUCUGACCAAACGUGUUCUCUUCUUCAUUCUUACCACCCCUUUUUUUCCCCUGUCUUUUCUCUCUGCCUGUCUGUUCUGCCUCUUUCAGGACGAACUGGUGUUGCCUAUGUGCAAACCUGUUAUCUCGAAACACUCCCUAGGACUCGGGAGAUCAGAUGCUGCAGCACUGUAAGGAGGAUGUAGUGAUGCAUAGGUGUUGGAGAAGUGGAUCUGAGUUAGUCUUUCCCUGUUUAAGUAGUAAUUUUCUAUUAGGUAUAUAAAGAAAAAACUAGACUGACUUAAGCCCCACAUCCAACACUUAAGCCUCAGACUACCAUGUAGGUAGUGUAGAGUGUUUGAUGGGAUAGAUGCGUGUGUGUAAUUGUGCUGAUAGCUGGCAGUUGGUUUAGCGCGCGUGUUGUGUUCAUCACUGCAGGAUCUCCUUCUGUCUUAUUGUCUUAAAGCACUUUAACCGUAGACCUUCCAUCUUAAAUCAGUGUAAAAUGAUAUAUACAGAGACCUUACAGAGAGUUUUUUUUAUGGCUUAUUAUUUUAGUGAUAGAAUCCCGUAGUAACGGCUAUGUUGACGAUUUCCUAGCUGUGCCUUAAUGCUUUGUGAAUACCACAUUACCUUGCACACGCAGACCAUAAACCAAAGAAACAGGAAGACAAUGUGGCAUCCUUCAUAAGCAAUUGCAGUGCCAGAUAGUAGGAGUGUGAUCUAUAGAUGAAUACACACAAUCUGGCGGCCACUUUCAUUUGGUGUUUUUACAGAACAAUGACACAAUAUGGCAUUUAUUGGAUGUCAUUAUGCUCCUUAUCUAUUAGACAAUAAUCUCUUUGAUUGAGAUUUGUUGAACAAAAAUGUAUUCCAUUUGGGAAGACAUAAUCCACAUGCAGUAAAGUAUACACCAAAGUAGUUUCACAUUAAAAAAAUUAAAUCAAUGACAAUAAUGAUGCUAAUAAAGUGAGACGUUCCAGCCUCAAUUAGUACAAAAGUAUUCUAUCAAUCACCCAAAGUACUUGAUGCCUUAAGUGAAUGCACUGAUCAAGUCUGAUCAGACUUAAUCCGUUUAUUAUGGAGAGCACAGACACAUGUCCAUCCAAGGUUUAUCAGGAAAUCACGACUAUAAUUGCAACACAUCGUACCGUGAAACUUAAGUAACAGAUAGACAAAGAAAAAGCAACAACAGCAACAAAAACAGACAAAUUCACUCCAACAUUAAACCUGGACAUGCAGAAACAAAAAGGAUGGAACAAAUAGCAUUUAACACAAACAAGGUGUUAUGCACCGCACUGAAGCAUGACGCAAAAUAAAAAAAUACUGAAAUUAAUAUAAUAAUUAAUAAUAAUAUAACGAAUAGUGAUAUAAUAUAAUAAUAUAACUCAUCAGUGGUCAUCCUGACAAUUAUCAUUUUUAGUUGAAAGAUCCAUGGAAAAGAGGAUUGUAAUUUCCUGGAAAACAGUGAAGGCAGCAUCAUGGAAGUACUUCACUGAAGUGAGUUAGAGAAUGACUGAUCACUUACCUGACCAGUAAAUUAAAGUGAUAGUUCAGGUCUUUUGAUGUGUUAGUGUAUGACCUGCAGCAGAUGACCGUCAGCUGUUCAAAGCAUAGUGUACGCUUAAAAGGAAUUUUUUUAUUAUUAUUAUUUUUUAUGUGGACCUUUUACCUUUCAGGUGGCUAAAACAUGUCUGGCUGCAGAUAGCAUUUACAGCAGUACAAUGCUCCGCUUCCCUGUCGGUGCAAUGCACUGCUUCUCCACACAGGGGAGAUCUGACGGUCAUUAACUGCAGGUAAUACACUGAGCCGGGAUAAGCACAUCAUGCAGCCACAAAUCAAAGACCCGAACUGUCCCUUUAAGCGGGAGAUUCUGCCAGAAACAUUUAUCAAUAGCCCUGAGUCAAGUUUAAUGAUCAGCAGAAGUUUUGACAACGUGUGUUUCGACACUUCUCCUCUCUCUUUCUUCCUAGCUAUCUCUCUGUAUUUGUCAUUCUGUCAUUCUUCCCCGGCUGAGGUGAUGCGGAUGCGGAUGUUUUCCUCCCUCUGUGACAGACACCUGCAUCCACCUGUCUGAUGACCACCCUUCUGUCCCUUCUCCACUAUCCAUCCGUCAGUCCAUCCAUCAUUGGGAGACAAGAGUAGAAAAGCUGUUUUGUACUCUACUUUUAACAGUACUUCUAUGAACCAAAGCCUUGCUGCUGCUGCUGCUGCUGCUAGAGAUACUUUUAGCUGCUUUACAUUAGGUGCCUUGUGGUAGAUUCUCUGUCUCUACUGAGCUGUUUGCUUUCUUUCUUUCUUUCUUUCUUUCUUUCUUUCUUUCUUUCUUUCUUUCUUUCUUUCUUGAUGUUGCAGCUUUAUGUUUCUGUAGGUUCACUUUUCAAUUUUAGUUUGUGUCAGUGUCUGUGCCGUGCUUACAGUCUGUUUUAGGUCUUGGCAUAAAAACCACUUUGGCUGGAUAAGGAAAAGAUCAUGUUUCGGCUUGCCUGGUGUUCUGUCGCCACUAACGCGGUUGAAUAUUGUCCUGACGAAUCUCUAAAAAUAUCCAGUGCUUUCACGCUUACAAAUGUGAAAUGAAAACAAUGCAGCACGAAAUAUUACAACUGACAAGUACUCGAUGAACAAAUGAUGUACUUCUUGCACCAAAAACAUUCAAAGACUUAUGUUUAAUAUGUUUUUUUUAAAUUGUUUUGUCCAAAGGUUUUAUAUAUGUCCAGGAGGGCUUAUGUCUGUGAAAUGUUACAUUACCGUUUUUUCUUUUUUUUUUUUUUUUUACAAUGUAUAAUGUAUUAAGUUCCCUUUUACUACAUUAAGAGUGAGUGAAGGUGUCACUCAGUGGUCGGAGCACACUGGAAAGAUAUCAGUCCGAUGCGACGCUGUGUUGAAUCUAUAUUUGAAUGAGGUGGAAAACUUGAAGACCUCCAUCUCUGUUCCAUAGAUCCACAGCAGUCUAUCAACGUAACAAACCCGCACGGAUUUUUAAUAUUUUGUGCGUGUUUGCUUUUAUUUCAACAUGUCAGAUUUGAUUCUCAAAAAUCAAACUGCGCACAUUUUUACACAAGAUUAACAGGGAAGCAAAUGGGUUGUUAUUUUGUUGGAUUCUGUGGUUUAAAUCCAACAAAGUUAUCCCGGAACUACAUUUUUCAAUGAUCCUAUAGUAUGCGGGCUCCCUUUUCAGGUUUUGACAGAUACAGGUUCCUGAAGGGAGAUGCUUUAAUAACAAAAUCAACUUGCCAGUACUGAAAUUGAGCAAUGUUUCUCGUCUGAAUCUGUGUUUAAUAAGUUUAAAAAAAAACGAGUCGUGGUAAUUGUUUACUAAAAAUGCUCCCGGCUAGGAAGAGUUGGCUUCAUAUCUCUUCAUUGAGCCAGUAUACACGAUUUCAUACAGUACGAGCACGGGGCUGAUAUGAUCACAGAAUUAACAUGGUGGUUAAUAUAUGAUCAAGCUAAACACUGGAAGCAUUGCCUUGAAUGUAAAUGACUCCCUAGCGACAAACGUGGCCUCAGAGCACAAGCCAUGUGGUUGUUAACGCGUGAUGCAGUCGUCCUCGUCUUUCAUCCGCAUCUCAUCUGUAAUCCCUCCAAACAGACUCUUUACUGCGGGAUACAACACAGUGAGCUCUGGUUAUGGGACCACGUCCAAGAACUUUUGGAUGUGGGAUUGGCAAUAUUAAGACGUUCUCAAAUGGAGGAACAUACAAGCUUUCAUUCUUAAUUUUUCAUUCUUGGGUAUCUAAUCGAACCUGGCAGAAAUUUUGACACUCAAAGGCAUCUUUUGUAGAAUUAUCCGAAUGUCCUGAUUAUUGCCAUAUCUCCUCUUUCUCUGUGUGAGGUAAUCUGUCCAGGAGAUAGUCUGGUCCGUCACAUCUUUUGAAGAGAUAUUAGAAAACUGUGGGGUCUACAUAAAUUUAAUGAAUAAAUCACAAAUAACCACAGUUAAAUAAGUGCUUUUUCUAUGUGUGUGUUUUUUUUACUUUGUAGAGACGGUAUUUGAUGUGUCUUAUUUAUCUAGACGAGUAUUUGGACAAACCAAACGGAGAUGUGACAAAAAAACCCGACACUGGACGAGUACGUGAGCGUAGCUUUAAAGAUGUAAAAAAGAAAAAAGAGAUUACACCCCCUUUACUGACCUGUCUCGUCUGAUGGUUGACACUGACGCUGUAGAAACUUUCCAAGCCAUUAAUGAUGCGUUCAAGGUCGCGCUGUACCAAUCGCUCUCGUCCCAACUGUCCCGACCUUUCCAGUCCACCGCAACAGACAGCCUUCAAACAGAAUGUUAUUCUCCCUCUUUUAAAACGUGUAAUUGUUUAGCGCUCUCUAUUUGUCAUUACCAACAGUAUCUAUUCACGGCUGUACACUCAGUAAUGCAGUAUAUACCAUAUAUAAAUGUAGUUAUGUUGAUGGUUGUACAGUUUUGGGGUCUUUUUAUAUACAGUUUUUAACAAGAGUCAUCAGGAUGUACUGUUUUGUUUUUUUUGUUUAUUCUUUUUGCCAACAUUUCUGUAGCUGUCGAUGGCAAAGAACUGUACAUUUGCUUGAAAAUAAAAGCCAGAAGUGGAAAAUAUAAAAA